AUGGCUCGAACUAAGGGUAACAACACCGAAAGACCAACCACUUCUAAGCAACCAAGAAAAUAUUAUGCUCCAAAGUCGGCGUCUAAAAAGGCUGCAGUCUCCUCUAAGAAGGCUGUUGCUGGUGUUUCACAAAAAAAGCCAGUUGCUAGACACUCUCAUCCUGGGAUCAAGGCUUUACAAGAAAUUAAAUUUUAUCAACGUUCAACAGAACUUUUAUUAAGAAAAUUACCGUUCCAACAUUUGGUUAGAGAAAUUGCUCAACAAUCAAAGUCUGAUCUUAGAUUCCAAUCUGCUGCUAUUGCUGCUCUUCAAGAAGCUGCUGAGGCUUAUCUUGUUGGUCUUUUUGAAGACACUAAUUUAUGUUCACUUCAUGCUAAAAGAGUCACUAUUAUGCCAAAAGACAUGCAGCUUGCAAGAAGAAUUAGAGGUGAAAGACAAUAA